UGCAUUUUAGAACUCACUACCAUCAUAUACACCGACCGCCUAUUUUCCCCUGCUUUCAUAUACCGUUAUCGGCCAUCUUAGAGUACUCCACCGGAUUGCUAAUAUAUCUGUCCCGGUGACGAUGUUCGAUCAAAACCCUUAACCCCAAAUCAAUUUUCUCGCCGUUUUAUCUGCUCAAGUAAUGCGACUGCUUUUCUCAUUAUCUUGCUAUUCUUCGAAGGAAAAUUCGAGAACUCGUUAUCUUGGUACCCUAAAUCAGAUUAUCUUGGAAUUCUUGCAUGCAUUUUUAAGGAAAUCAAAGAAUAUAUUGGCAUUGCUUAUUUCAAAUUACGGAGGCCCGCUUAUCAUAUACGCUACCGGCGCAUCUUAGAGUACUCCGCCGGAUUUCUGCUCUUAACUGGUUAAUGAAGAUAUCCGAUGAAAACCCCUGAACCCCAAAUCUGUUAUCUGCUCAAGUAAUACUACUGCUCUUCCCAUUAUCUUGGUAUUCUUCGAAGGAAAAUUCAGUCAGAGGGGUUAUCUUGUAUUGACGAUGUCCGAUUAAAACCCUAAACCUAAAUCAAUUUUCCCGCCGUUAUAUCUAUUGGGAGAUGGGGAACAUUAAGCGAAUACCUGAGGCUAUUUGGAGCUCAAUUCGGUCAGGGGUUAUCUUGUAUGAUUUCACAAGGGUUGUUGAGGAGUUGGUUUUCAACAGCCUCGAUGCUGGUGCCACCAAGGUAUCUGUUGCUAUAGGCAUUGGGACCUGCUAUGUUAAGGUGGAUGACAAUGGAUCUGGUGUUUCACGAGAUGGACUGGUGCUGAUGGGAGAAAAAUAUGCGACAUCAAAAUACAGCCAUUCAGAUGAUAUGCAUGCUUUCCCAGCAAGCUUUGGUUUCAAAGGAGAGGCUCUGAGCUCUAUUUCUGACGUUUCUUUGUUGGAAAUUAUUACUAAAACUCACGGCAGGCCAAACGGAUAUCGUAAGGUUUUGAAGGAUGGCAAGUGUUUGUACGUUGGAAUUGAUGAUUGUAGACAAGAUGUUGGUACAACAGUCAUUGUUCGUGAUGUAUUUUACAACCAACCAGUUCGAAGGAAGCAAAUGCACUCCAACCCAAAGAAGGUCUUGCAUUCUCUGAAAGAGGCUCUGCUAAGAAUUGCCAUUGUGCAUCCUUAUGUCUCCUUCAAAAUUGUUGAUAUUGAAAGUGAGGAUGACUUGCUUUGCACACGUGCUUCUCCUUCUCCGUUGCCGCUAUUGUCCAGUGAGUUUGGGAUUCAUCUGAGUUCCCUUAACAAAUUGAAUGCAAGUGAUGGUUCAUUCAAGCUCUCAGGAUACAUUUUAGGUCCUGAUGUUUACACAGUGAAGGUCCUUCAAUAUUUCUAUAUCAAUUCAAGAUUUGUUUCCAAAGGACCAAUACAUAAAUUACUUAAUAACAUAGCUAUGAGUUUUGAAAGUGCUUCUAACAUUGAGAAGCACAAUAGAUCUCAGAUAUAUCCACUGUUUUUGUUGAACCUAAACUGUCCUAGAUCAUUAUAUGAUUUGACAUUGGAGCCUUCAAAGACCUCUGUGGAAUUUAAGGAUUGGCGCCCCGUCCUUCUCUUUAUUGAGGAUACUGUCACCAAUCUCUGGACUGAAAGUAACUCUGCCGAAAUACCUGUGAAUUGUGAGAUCAGGAAAAAGAGGUGCAGGGCUCAGAGUUGCAAAGCUACACUUGAACUUCCUUCCCCACUGCCAAAGAAACUGACUGGAGAGUGCACUGUCAAGAGAGAUAUUCAAUUUUCACAGAACUCUCUGUGGGGAAGUGCUUCUGAAAAGCAUGAUCCUGGGUCCAGAUUCCUCUGUCAGAUUGAAAGUUCAAAUCGAUCAAUUGAUGGAUCUCUUGCUCAUUGCACAGCCGGUGUAAACUGGAAAUCCAGAAGCUCUGUGCAACCCUUUUCAUCUAAUGUUUUACCUACAGAAGAUGAUUUCCUGGAUAACAAAUUCAAUGCUUCAGCUAGCUCCAAUUAUAAUUCAGACUGCCUAUUAGGUUCAGGAUGGGAGGAUGAUUCUCAAACAAUUGUAGCUGGCAAAUCAACAGAGGAUGCUUCAUUUAGGGAGUUUCUUGGACUUGAUGACAGUUCAAAUGUGAUGCAUGAGAGUAGGAAACCAUUUAUGCGGAGCUGUUCUUUGCACAGAAGCUUGAUACAUAAUGAAACAUCUUUUGAUAAUGAUGAAGAUAUUAAGUUUGAAAAAAGUGAUUACAGAGCUAAACAAAAUCGCCUUGAAGAUGAUUAUAGUGUUAAAUUUGAAGUAGUUGAUGAUGUUAACCAGGUCUUAAAUCAAAGGUCUCCUAGAGGCAAGGAAAUAUAUCUUGAGAACUUCUCCUGGUGCAAAACUCAGAGUAAGGCAUUGCAGAGGUCAAAAGUUUUGUCAGGAGAUUCAGAAAAAUCCUCAUUAACCAAGGACAUUCUAGAUGAAAACGAUCAUCUUAUAGACUUUUUUAAACAAAGUGAAAAUUAUGGUUCCGGCCUACCAUCUUUCAGUCCAGAACCGUCUCCUCUGCCACCAGAUCCUUUUCCCAGGACCAGUUUACAAGAUGUUAAUCCUUACAUCGCUGAAAAUGGGAUUGAAACUUCUGUUAAACAUGAAGCUGGUGUCACGUAUGAUUUUGGAAACAUGGAACAUAAUCUUUUGGUUCCUGCCAUAAAUAAUAUCGGAAAAGAGGACUGCUUGUUCCCACAUCCUGCAAAGUUUGAUCUCGAUUUUUAUGCUUGUUCUAAAGAGGAUUUGGGCAGUAUAGGUGGACUUGUUCCGUGGGACGUUUAUAGUUCAGGUCUUUCUGAAUUCUAUUAUGACAGAGAUGAUUUGUCACAUAUACAUUCUCAUGGUGAAGAAAAUCUUACUAAUUAUUUGACACCACGAGCUAUGCUCUCCUCUAGGGUGGAUGGGAACUUGCAUAAAUGGCUUGAUGCUGGAAAUCGAGGUAAAACAGAUGAGCCUAUAAGGAAGAAGAAGAAUAGAAGAAGUCAUUCAUCUCCUCCAUUUUACCAAGGCAAGAAGAAGUUCUUUGCCACGAGUGAGUCUUCAAGAACGGCAGCAGGAAAUAACAUUAUUGAAACUGUUCAUGAUGUGCCACUCAUGCCAGAAACUAGAGCUGUAAGCAGACUGCAGCAUUCUUCAGAAGCUAUCUGCUCAGAGCUUCCACAGCAGUCAUCCCAUCAAUGUGAUCAAUCUUCCACCCCAAUUUUUGGUGAUGGUGUAUUCUCUGAUGAAAGGCUAAGUGUUAAAAUGAAACUUGUUAACAUCUGGAAUAGCAAAUCGCAAACUCAAGGGGUGUGCACAAGUACACGUGAUGGGGAGUCAAAAGAAGAAUUUGCACCAACAAAAACUCAAAAUAUUCUAGAUUCUGGGACAAAAUGGAGGGACUUCUGUCCAGAGAUUACAAGCGGUAGUGGAACAGAGAGUCUUAAGAAUCAGGAUACUAUACUCAAUGUCACUUCUGGCAUCUUGUAUUUUGUUGGUGAUUCAUUGGUUCCUGAUACCAUUGAUAAAAACUGCCUGGAGGGUGCCAAAGUUCUCCAACAGGUUGAUAAAAAGUUUAUUCCAAUUGUGGGCGGCACAACACUUGCUAUAAUUGAUCAGCAUGCUGCAGAUGAGCGAAUUCGUUUGGAAGAACUGCGUGAGAAGGUCUUAUCUGGACAAAAGAGGACAACAACAUAUCUUGAUUCCGAGCAAGAAUUGGUCAUGCCUGAAAUUGGUUACCAAUUAUUACACAACUAUGCUGACCAAAUUCAAAACUGGGGUUGGAUCUGCAAUAUUCAUUCUCAAGCCUCAAGAUCAUUUACUAGCAGGAACCUAAAUCUGAUUCACAAGCAGCCAACAUCUGUCACACUUCUUGCGGUUCCGUGUAUUUUGGGCGUUAAUCUAACUGAUGUGGAUUUGUUAGAAUUUCUUCAGCAGCUUGCUGAUACAGAUGGAUCAUCAAUAGUACCCCCAUCAGUGAAUCGAGUCCUGAAUAACAAGGCUUGCAGGAGUGCAAUUAUGUUUGGAGAUGCAUUGUUGCCUUCAGAAUGUUCUCUCAUUGUUGAGGAGUUGAAGCAAACUUCGUUGUGUUUUCAAUGUGCUCAUGGGCGACCGACUACUGUCCCUCUUGUCAACAUGGGUGCUCUGCAUGAACAGAUUGCUAAGUUAGGUUCGUGGAGUAGGGGUUCCCCCGAGGCAUGGCAUGGAUUACAUCGGCAUGAAAUCAACCUAGAGCGUGCAGCAAAGCGACUAAGAUCAGCCAUAUCCUAGUGUCAAAAAGCUCUCGUGAGUAUACCUAAUUUGGUUCUGCUUUUGGUGGCAGCAACUCUCUCUCUCUCACUCACACGCACAAACACAUUAAAAAUAGGAAAAAGGAACAGAUUGUACAGUUUCCAUGUAAAGCCAGAGUAACUGUGUAUAGAAUGUAAGAAAUGCUAUGAUAAUGAAAUUGAUAAUUUGAUUGUA